AUGGAGAAUUGCGAUGAGUUUCUUGAAGCGAGCCCGCCCAAUAGCCCGGAGCACAGUGUUGGCCCACACGAGGAACAAGAUCGAGAAGUUAGAAAACCUGGAUCAAAAGGCAAAGGGCGGAAGAGGACCAAGACCGGUUGUUUGACAUGUCGAAAGCGUCGCAUCAAAUGUGGAGAGGAGAAGCCAACGUGCGCAAACUGUGCAAAGUCAAAACGCCAGUGUGAAGGAUACAACAUGAGAGUUGUAUUCAAAGACCCCAUGAGCACUUACCAUCCGAGCAUGGGCCCUCCUCCUCCCCCUCCGUAUCUUCCCAAGGGUCAAUCUUCGAGUCGGCGCGAAUCACAUCCUCAACCAGGCUCUGGACAGGUCCCACUCCCGAUUGCCCCGAAGCCUAGCAAGGCUUUCUCGGCCUCGCUGACAUCCGAGCAAGCCGCCGCUUGCCGAGGCAACGAGCGGCGAGGCUCGGCUGAGGACAUAUUGCCAAGCAAUUCGAGAUACAACAACAGAGAGAAGCCUAGGCUCAAGAUACAUCUUCAGGAUAAGGUCUUGGACCGCACUGGUGAUGCGCACGUCUUGGAUUCGCUCGAAGAGCAGGAAUCCCAUUAUGACUUCAAUGCUUUGGUACAGCAGGAGGGCGUAGAGAGCGCGGAGAACCAUGCUUAUACUCCUUCUCGAACAUAUUCGUCAGACUGGUCUGGUGUCCCAACUCCAUUAUCUUCUCAGCCACAUCACCUUCCGACGAAAUGGGAUUCGGAUUUUUUGACUACAUUCGGGAACCCGUUCCCGGCUCCGGACCAUAUUACGCUUACUUCCCCAAGGACACCCCAAGUUGAAAGUUUUACACAUCAGCUCGUACACCCACAGCCUACGUACCCACGAGACUGGAAAGGAGGGCAUCAUGCUCAGGUUUGUCCUCCUCAGACACCUGACUGGAGCCUGAGCCAGCCACAACGCGUUCCUACAGCAAACGAUAUGGAAGAUCUCGACGAUCCAUUUGAUGUCUCCGAUGGUGAUGAAGAUAUGGAUAUGGCAGAACACGAUCAUUUUGCGCAUGGUGACCAAGAUAUCCACCUCAAAAAGAAUGAUCUUGGCAUCGUUGUAGCAGUGCAAGCUGGACAAGACAAGCAAGGGCUCAAUCUCCGAUCCUUCGUAUCUUUCAUCGACCGUCCCGACAUGUUGGCUACCUACACGCCAUCGUCGCAGUCGACUCCUUUACGAGACCCAAUGACCGCAAGGAUAUUCUGUCACUUCGUCAAUGUCACCGGUCCUAGCAUGUCUAUGUACGAGAGGCACCCUGCCAACCCUUCGUUGAUCUUUCAAGGAUCCCCAGUACUGAAGUCCCAACAGCAUAUAUGGACCUAUACAUUUCCGACUCUUGCUCUCCAAAAUUCUGGGCUUUUACAUGCCAUGCUUGCCAUAGCAACUUUACAUAUAUCAAAACUCCAAAGCGGACCAGUCACAGCUUCGUAUAAACACUACGCCCUGAGUCUUCGCAGGAUAGCCAAGAGCGUUAGCCUACCUACUCGUCGAGGACAUCCGGCCACACUCGCCGCAGCGUUACUACUCUCGUUCUACGAGUGUUGGGCUGCCGACCACCAGAAAUGGACUGAUCAUCUACUCGGAGCAAAGCAACUGGUCAAGGAGAUCGACUUCGCCGGGCUGACCGGACACAUUAAGCGAAAGCGAGACCGAAAACGACAACAUGAUAUCGAGAGGUUCAACUACGCGCAAAAUCAUGGGCUUGAGUUUGACUUUGACGAACAGAGCCAUACUAACCCCGCAGAUGAAGUGGACGAAAAUGUCGUCGGGGUCUUGAUGGGGACCAAAGUUAGUUAUAAUGAUUACGGAAAGGUUCUAGGCGACAGUCAGUCACAUCAAAGCCGGGAAAAGUAUUACACGGAAAGGGAUGUAGAGAUAUAUGAGACACAGCGGGAUCUCUUUUGGUGGUACGCUAAGCAAGAUACCUACCAAAGUAUUCUUGGAGGGGGUAAGCUCUUUCUGGAGUACUCGUUUUGGAGUCAUUGCCCACCAAGAGCGCCAUUGGGACGCCUCAAUGCCAUCUAUGGCACGUUCGAUCAUAUGAUCCUCCUCUUGGGCCGCCUUGCAGACUUUGCAUCCAAAGAUUUGAAGAGGAAACGCCUAGCGAUGAAGGUCAAUGGUGGACGUUGGCAGCCUCCAGCAUCGAUGCAGGCACAACCACCACCGAGACGGCCACCAGAGCAGAGCACGCCUCACACGCCUCACACGCCGCAACACCCGCCCCCGCAGAUGCCGAACUUCAGCGGCAUGGUCCCGGACGUCAGAGAGCCCCGACUCCCCAUGGGCUUCGAGCCCUUGUGGGAGGCCUCGCCCCAAGAGACCCAUAGCGAGGACGCCGACCUGUACACGCAAACCCACGCCGCCAACGAAGAAUGGCAAGAGAUCCGCGACGCAUUCGACUUGAUCCAAAGCCACUUCGGGGAUGAUUUUCAAGCCUUGGGCCCCGAGUUCACAGCACCGAUCCCAACCCCUUUUGGGCCCGCGCUGCAAUACCGAACGUACGGCAUCGCGGGCAUCUGGAUGAACUUCUACAUGGGCCUCAUCACCUGUUACCGAGCGCACCCGUCCAUGCCUCCGGCCGCGAUCAUGGCAGCCGGGAUCUCCGCCCCGCAAACGGGCCGGUUCGCGAACGAGCUGGGCAGGAUCGCGGCGGGCAUCGCGCCGGAUCUGAGCAUGACCACCGAAGUCAACCCCGGCGUCGGGGCGGCGCUGAUGGAGUCGUCGACCUGCAUGUUCGUGUCGGCUGUGCAGCUUCAAGUCGCCAGCCAGCGCGAGUGGACCGUCUGUCGCCUCCGCGACAUCGCCCGCCUGACCGGCUGGCAGACGGCCCUCGCCGUCGCCACGGGCUGCGAGACGUCCUGGGUCAAGAUGGGGGAGCUGGGGAGGGGGCCCCCGUAUACACGCACCACGGAACGGAGAGUCGUGCCUGAUAUCUGGGCCAGCGCCAGGCGCAUCGAUGUGGCGCUGGAGGGGAAGACGGACGAGGAGAAGAUGCUGGUGAUGGCGAAGUCGGAUCGUGUACAAUAUGCGCUGGGCGUCCUCGGCCUGGAGGAGGAUUUUGAAGGCCUGGAUGUGGGACGUCAACAGCGAUGA